AUGGCCGGUAUCUUCGAAGCCCCCCGGAAUGGCGGCAAUCUUUUCCUUGGUGGUCAGAAGAUUAGCGGCGCCGAUGUGCGAGAUCAAAAUGUGCUGGCCACGCAGGCGAUCGCAAAUAUUAUGAAGACAUCGUUCGGUCCGUCGGGACUGGACAAAAUGAUGGUAGACGACAUUGGUGAUGUGACAGUCACCAAUGACGGGGCCACAAUUCUAAGCCUACUCGACGUUGAGCACCCCGCGGCCAAAAUCCUCGUGGAUCUAGCGCAACAGCAAGACAAGGAGGUUGGCGAUGGUACCACCUCCGUCGUCCUCAUUGCGGCCGAACUCUUGCGCAGAGCAAACGAACUUAUGAAGAACCGCAUACACCCUACCGUCAUCAUCACCGGUUACCGUCGCGCACUUCGCGAAGCCGUCAAGUAUCUUCAAGAGAACAUCAGCACAUCCGUGGAAACUCUCGGAAGAGAGAGUCUGAUCAAUGUGGCAAAGACAUCCAUGUCCAGCAAGAUCAUUGGUGCCGACUCAGACUUCUUCGCGAAUAUGGUCGUAGAUGCUAUGCUCGCCGUCAAGUCUGUCAACCCUCAAAAGAACAAUGAAGUCAAGUAUCCCGUGAAGGCUGUCAAUAUCCUGAAAGCACAUGGCAAGAGCGCUACAGAAUCGGUUCUAGUCCACGGCUAUGCUCUCAACUGCACGGUGGCAUCCCAAGCCAUGAAGACGAGGAUCACGGAUGCGAAGAUCGCAUGCUUGGACAUGAAUCUGCAGAAAGAGCGGAUGAAAUUGGGUGUUCAGAUCACCGUCGAAGACCCCCAACAGCUAGAAAAGAUUCGUGAGCGUGAAGCGGGCAUCGUUCUCGAGCGAGUGGAGAUGAUUCUGAAGGCUGGUGCCAAUGUCGUCCUGACCACCAAGGGUAUCGACGAUAUGGUUCUGAAGCUUUUCGUUGAGAGAGGUGCGAUGGGUGUCAGACGUUGCAAAAAGGAGGAUCUCCGACGGAUCGCCAAAGCCACCGGGGCCACGAUGAUCAGCAGUCUGUCUGACCUGAAUGGCGAUGAGAAGUUCGAGAAAGAGUCGUUGGGGUAUGCUGAAGAAGUCGUUCAAGAGCGGGUCUCAGAUGAUGAAUGCAUUCUCGUGAAGGGUACCAAGGCCUUCUCGUCGGCUUCCAUCAUCCUGAGAGGUUCAAAUGACUAUCAGCUUGACGAGAUGGAGCGCUCUGUGCACGACUCACUGUCGGCGGUGAAGAGGACGCUUGAGUCCAAUAGUGUUGUUCCCGGCGGCGGCGCCGUUGAGACUGCUCUGCACAUUUACCUUGAGGAGUUCGCCCUCACAACAUCGUCAAGAGAGCAACUAGCCAUCGGCGAGUUCUCCCAGUCAUUACUGGUGGUGCCAAAGACACUUGCUGUCAAUGCCGCCCUCGAUUCGUCAGAGUUACUUGCACAGCUUCGGCUACGGCACGCACUUAGCCAGCGGGUGCAAGAAGGUGAUGCCAACGAGAAGGAGAAGGAUCUCGCGAAGCGUCGGCAGUACAAGAAUUACGGACUGGAUCUCACUCGCGGCAAACUUGCUGAUGUUGUGAAACUUGGCGCGCUCGAGCCCAGCAUGAGCAAAAUGAAGCAGCUGAAGAGCGCCGUCGAAGCGUGUGUUUCCAUCAUGAGAAUCGAUACCCUGAUUAAGCUGGACCCUCCUGAGCAGGCUGAUGAUGGUCACGGACACUGA